GUAGAUAGGCGGUACAGUGGUGUAGAUAGGCGGUACAGUGGUGUAGAUGGGCGGUACAGUGGUGUAGAUGGGCGGUACAGUGGUGUAGAUAGGCGGUACAGUGGUGUAGAUAGGUGGCACAGUGGUGUAGAUUGGCGGUACAGUGGUGUAGAUGGGUGGUACAGUGGUGUAGAUAGGCGGUACAGUGGUGUAGAUAGGUGGCACAGUGGUGUAGAUUGGCGGUACAGUGGUGUAGAUAGGUGGCACAGUGGUGUAGAUAGGCGGUACAGUGGUGUAGAUAGGGGGUACAGUGGUGUAGAUGAGCGGUACAGUGGUGUAGAUAGGGGGUACAGUGGUGUAGAUGGGUGGUACAGUGGUGUAGAUAGGCGGUACAGUGGUGUAGAUGGGCGGUACAGUGGUGUAGAUAGGCGGUACAGUGGUGUAGAUAGGCGGUACAGUGGUGUAGAUAGGCGGUACAGUGGUGUAGAUAGGCGGUACAGUGGUGUAGAUAGGCGGUACAGUGGUGUAGAUAGGCGGUACAGUGGUGUAGAUAGGCGGUACAGUGGUGUAGAUUGGCGGUACAGUGGUGUAGAUGGGCGGUACAGUGGUGUAGAUGGGCGGUACAGUGGUGUAGAUGGGCGGUACAGAGGUGUAGAUGGGCGGUACAGAGGUGUAGAUAGGCGGCACAGUGGUGUAGAUAGGCGGUACAGUGGUGUAGAUAGGCGGUACAGUGGUGUAGAUAGGCGGUACAGUGGUGUAGAUAGGCGGUACAGUGGUGUAGAUAGGUGGCACAGUGGUGUAGAUUGGCGGUACAGUGGUGUAGAUGGGUGGUACAGUGGUGUAGAUAGGCGGUACAGUGGUGUAGAUAGGCGGUACAGUGGUGUAGAUAGGCGGUACAGUGGUGUAGAUAGGUGGCACAGUGGUGUAGAUUGGCGGUACAGUGGUGUAGAUGGGUGGUACAGUGGUGUAGAUAGGCGGUACAGUGGUGUAGAUAGGUGGCACAGUGGUGUAGAUUGGCGGUACAGUGGUGUAGAUAGGCGGUACAGUGGUGUAGAUAGGUGGCACAGUGGUGUAGAUAGGCGGUACAGUGGUGUAGAUGGGCGGUACAGUGGUGUAGAUAGGUGGUACAGUGGUGUAGAUAGGUGGUACAGUGGUGUAGAUAGGGGGUACAGUGGUGUAGAUGAGCGGUACAGUGGUGUAGAUAGGGGGUACAGUGGUGUAGAUGGGUGGUACAGUGGUGUAGAUAGGCGGUACAGUGGUGUAGAUGGGCGGUACAGUGGUGUAGAUAGGCGGUACAGUGGUGUAGAUGAGCGGUACAGUGGUGUAGAUAGGGGGUACAGUGGUGUAGAGGUUAACACUGUCACCUCACAGCGAGAAGGUCCUGGGUUUGAAUCCGGGUCAGGGCGGUUCUGUGUGGAGUUUGCAUGUUCUCCCUGUCUCUGAGUGGGUUUACUCCGGGUUCUCCGGUUUCCUCCCACAUCCCAAAAACAUGCAGAACCGGACUCUCAGUUUUCAGCACCAGCUACUCUGAGUCUUUCUGUCUUUUCAGCCUCUUCCACCAAAGUCCAGCUUCCAAUAUCAGGAUGUGUCUACCGAUCAUAUUCAGAUCUAACUAACUAGAGUUUUUUUGUUUGUUUAGUUUUUUUUUUUACACGAUUUAGAAAAGAAAAAAAAAAACGGCCUACUGGAGAUCUUCCAGGCCUGCAUAUCGAGUCAAGGAAGAACAUUUAUGAUCAUUUCUUCAUGGAAAUACAAUCAGACUGAGACGCUAAGACAGAAGAACUACUGCGUCUGUAAAAUGAUUAAUAUGGUGAUUAUUACUUCAAGGAAAUGAUGAAGAAAUGAUCAUAAAUGUUCUUCCUUGAGCUGCGGCACCCCGCUGUAGUCUGUCAUGGACUGGCCUGAGGUCUCUCUACAAACAAUCGUCUGCUGGAAGAGAGUAGGUGAGUUGACCAAAUAAAGAGAGAGUGAGGAUGUCCUGUUGAUGAAGUUAGGUGCUGUUCUGAGCAUUAUUUGUGGCUAUAGAGUGGCGUUUUGGUUGGGGGCGUGGCUCUCUGUAUUACUAUUCUGUAGUUACUAAAGUUGGUAUAACUAGAGAAGGAAGCGGUCGACAACAUUCAUCUUUGGAGGGGGGGUCUAACUCGGUGUUACGGUGGGUUUGACCCUACAUUAAUUUAACACUGGAAUAUCCCUUUAACCCUCACCUGUGUGUGUGUGUGUGUGUGUGUGUGUGUGUGUGUCCUCAGCACCGGGUCGUCGUCCCCAAAGCAGGAAAAGUCUCGGACCUGUGCUUGGCUCUGUCAGAGAUGACCAGCGUUCCUCCGUCUCAGGUCAGAUUUCCUCAGAUAUCCUCGGAGGUUCUGACGGGUUUCCUGGUUCUGGUUCUGGACCCGGUUCUGGACUAAACCGGAUCUUGUCUCUUUGUUCCAGAUGGUGGUCGCCGACGUCUUCAACCAUCGUUUCUAUAAAAUCUACAACGCAGACGAAUCUCUGAGCUGCAUCCUGGACCGGGACGACAUCUUUGUGUAGGACACCUCGGAUCAGCCGAUCAGCUGUUGGUCGUCGGUCUGAGCGCGCUCACUCCUCACCGCUGCUGUGUUUGUGUUUCAGGUACGAGCUGAGCGUGUUGGAGGAGCAGCAGGAGGAGCAGGUGCUGCUGGCGCUCUACCUGAGGGAGCGCUCUCACUACAGAGACUACGGCUCGGGCAGCAGCUCCUACGGCGCCACGCUCUUCGGACAUCCUCUGCUGCUCAACGUGCCGCGCAGCAGCUGCAGCCGGGAGGCGCUCUACACCCUGUUCCUGCAGAGACUGGCGUGAGCACCUCCUCCUCUUCUUCUUCUUCUUCUCUGUUUUAAACUCGUCUGAAGGUUCUGAUGACCAUCUGUCGGUUUCUCGAUGUUCUUCAUGUUCAGGCGUUACGUUCGACCUCCUGACCCCUCUGAGGAGCUGGAGGAGGAGGAGGAGGAGGAUGAAGACGACGAUGAAGAGGAGUUAUAUAAGACUCAAACCAACGGCAUCAGUGACGGUAAGCCCCUCCCCUUUUUUGACUUCCAGCUGUUUGAGCUCUCCUCUGAUUGGUCGCUUCUUUGUUCGCUCAGAGGAGGAGCAGGAGGACACGGAGAAAGCCGGACCCUCUCAGGCCCACCCCUCCUGCUGCGACUCGUCAUCCAACAGCCAAUCAGACGACUGUGCUACAGCCACGCCCCAACCCGACCAGAACCACACGCAGCCUUUAGUGGCCGACGGCGACUCAGAGACCAACAACGGGUCCCAGAACCAGACCGAGCCGCCCUGCAGCGCCGACGCCACAGACAGAACCGAAGACUCCAACCCCCGUACGAACUCGAGCGGCGCCACCGCCAACGCUGACUCAGAACCAGCAGCCACGGAUCCUCCCCAGCCCCGUGACACCACAGAAGAAGAAAAAGAGGAAGACAAGCAGGAGGAGGCGUGUUCUCCCAGCCUGCCAACCAAUGAGCAGCCAGCAAAGAGGAGGGCGUGUCGUAAGAGGAGGAAGAGCCUGUUCACCAUCCAGGCGGUCAACUCCAACGGGACGACCGAGAGAGGGACGGGAGAGGGAGGGAGCGCCGUGUCCUUCAGCUGUGAGCGCGCACACACACACACGUGCACACACACGCGCCCACACACACACACACACACACGCGUGGAGCUGAGCUGACUUUCUCUAACUCCGCCCCUUCCUGCAGCUCAGCCGUACGUGGCGAUCGACUGGGACCCCGAGAUGAAGAAGAGGUUCUACAACGAGAACGAGGCGGAGGUCGGUCUGAACGCCGUCAACGAGAGAGUUUAAUUCAUCAAUACCUCAAAUUUAUGACACAACAAAACCUGUGUGUGUGUGUGUGUGUGUGUCUGUGUGUCUGUGUGUGUGUGUGUGUGUGUGUGUGUGUGUGUGUGUCUGUGUGUGUGUGUGUGUGUGUGUGUGUGUGUGUGUGUGUGUGUGUGUGUGUGUGUGUGUGUGUGUGUGUGUGUGUGCGUGUGUGUGUGUGUGUGUGUGUGUGUGUGUGUGUGUGUGUGUGUGUGUGUGUGUGUGUGUGUGUGUGUGUGUGUGUGUGUGUGUGUGUGUGUGUGUGUGUGUGUGUGUGUGUGUGUGUGUGUGUGUGUGUGUGUGUGUGUGUGUGUGCAGAAAUACGUGAAGCACAGCAGCAUGGAGGUUCCUCAGCAGCAGACCACGGUGCAGCUGCAGGAGUGUAUCGAGCUCUUCACCACCGUGGAGACGCUGGAGGAGGAGAACCCAUGGUAACACACACACACACACACACACAAACACAAACACACACAGACGUUACCCGGGAUUUCCGUCACAUCAGGAAUGGCGGUUGAUUUUUGCUGUCCGCCAAUUCCUACUGGAUCCGUUUGUGAGGCGAACUUCGUGGUGGAUUACAGACAGCGGUAAUCAAGAGAACUCACAAGAACCUGCAGAUUCACGUUCAAUCACACGAUAACGAGUCGUCUCUCUAAAGACAGACACAUAGACAUAUAAGCAGUAGAUUGUGUCCUUCCAGAGGAGGAAAUCUACUUCUAGACUUCUAGAAUCAGCAUCUCCUCAUCCAUGGUGUCAUCGGGGUGAAAUGACGUCUAAAAACCUUUCACUUGUUCGUCUCCGCCCGUUUGCAUGGUGUGAAAUACGAUCCUCCUGAAACACGGAGUGUUUUAUUUUGAAAAGAAGCCGGAUGUUUUAUUUUGUGUCUGUGUCCGACUUCCUUUCCAGCACGGGUUAAUCUGUGCUGAAUUUAUCCGCCAUGCUCCGGCGUCCAGAAAAAAUAGAACUCUUGUGAUCAGCUGAGGAGUCCGGCGAUCCUCAGAGGAACGGAAAGAAGUCGGUGUAAAUUGACACGUUAACUUGAAUGGUUACGAUCAGCUACGAUCGGAGGAUACGACCUUUUAGGAGACGAUCAGGAUGAAGGUGGAGAUUGGGGGUCACAGUGUCAGUUAGCAGAUGUCCUCGUGGGACACAGCGACUGGUACUGACCCAAAUCCAGUUCACACAGGUUUAUAGAGAUGUUCUGUGUGUGUGUGUGUGUGUGUGUGUGUGUUUGCAGGUACUGUCCGGUUUGUAAGAAGCACCAGCUGGCCACCAAGAAGCUGGAUCUCUGGUCUCUGCCGGAGGUCCUCAUCAUCCACCUCAAGAGGUUCUCCUACACCAAGUUCACCCGAGAGAAGCUGGACAGCAUCGUGGACUUCCCCCUCAGGUACACACACGCACACACACACACACACACACACACGCACACACGCACACACACACACACACACCUGGACACUGACCCUGAACUUCUUCAUUUGUGUUUUUUUUGGUCUCUCAGAGAUCUGGACUUCUCCGGCUUCCUCCUGAGGAAAAAUCUGUCCAAUGGGGAGCCUCCGAGCCGCUAUGACCUCAUCGCUGUGUCCAAUCACUACGGAGGACUCAGAGAUGGACACUGUAGGUCCCGCCGGUUUAUUCUGAUGAAGGUCUGACUCUAGAAUCUGGUUUUUUAUGGUCGCUGAUCUGUGUGUGUGUGUGUGUGUGUGUGUGUGUGUGUGUGCGCGUGUGUGUGUGUGUGUGUGUGUGCAGACACCAGCUACGCCUGCAACAAGGACAACGGUCAGUGGUAUUACUUUGACGACAGCAAGGUGACCUACGCCCGAGCGGACCAGAUCGUGGUCAGUAAGUUUUCUGGUUCCCGUCUGUAAACAGAGCGUCCGCUGUCUCCGAGUUAACCCCGCCCCUCUCCUCGUGUCUCCUCCCACAGACCAACGCCGCCUACGUCCUGUUCUACCACCGACAAGACAAGAUCAGAAAACCCACUCUGCCCGCCCCCAACACAAGCCCCGCCUCCUCCACUCAGCCCGCCAAUGAUAUCACCCCCUGCAAAGAAGACGAGGCCGAGCUUGGUGCCGCCUCCUACGUCACCAUGGAAACGGACUGAAUGACCCUCUAUGGUAACCGUUUGACUUCAUCAGGACGCCUUCGCUUCUCGUUUUUUUGUUCGUUUUACGUUUUUCGCCACUUGAACGUUUUCAUUUCAUCGGUAACUUCAAACUUCAUCUCAGACCGCCGCUCUGGAGCUUUUUUAAGGGGUGAAAACUUUAUUGGCACAGCAGGCGUGGACACUCCACACUCAGGGAGCUUCAGAUCCAAACCUAAUCCCAGCAGACGUGAAAUAUUGAAAAUAGGAAAUAACUUAAAAAAAGACGACGCCACUAUGUUAGCCUGACGUUAGCCCUGACGUUAGCCUGACGUUAGCCUGAUGUUAGCCCUGACGUUAGCCUGAUGUUAGCCUGACGUUAGCCACGAUGUUAGCCUGACGUUAGCCCGAUGUUAGCCCUGACGUUAGCCUGAUGUUAGCCUGACGUUAGCCACGAUGUUAGCCUGACGUUAGCCUGAUGUUAGCCUGACGUUAGCCCGAUGUUAGCCACGACAUUAGCCUGACGUUAGCCCGAUGUUAGCCCGAUGUUAGCCUGACGUUAGCCCGAUGUUAGCCCGUUGUUAGCCCGAUGUUAGCCUGAUGUUAGCCUGACAUUAGCCUGACGUUAGCCCAAUGUUAGCCUGAUAUUAGCCUGAAGUUAGCCUGAUGUUAGCCUGAUGUUAGCCUGACGUUAGCCACGAUGUUAGCCUGACGCUAGCCUGACGUUCGCCUGACAUUAGCCUGAUGUUAGCUUGACGUUAGCCUGACGUUAGCCUGAUGUUAGCCACGAUGUUAGCCUGACGUUAGCCUGACGUUCACCUGACAUAAGCCUGACAUUAGCCUGAUGUUAGCCUGACGUUAGCCUGACGUUAGCCUGACGUUAGCCUGAUGUUAGCCUGAUAUUAGCCUGACGUCAGCCUGAUGUUAGCCCGAUGUUCUCUGACCCAGUGAAGGUUCGGAUGCUGAAACUGAUCCGACUCCUCAGAGUAAAUCCUAAAAUAAUAAAACACUGUUUGAUAUUUAUCUUAAGUCGACUCUCGAUGUCCGGGGUACGAGGACUCUGGGUUUAGAUCAGACUGGGUCGUUCCAGCUCAGCGCUCAGACUCUGACUUUACUUCCUUUGGACCUUCACAAACAAACUGAGAGUUUGUCAUUUUACUAACAUCAGGAUUAUUUUAGACUGAGUUUAGAUUAGAAACGGUCAAACACAGAGAGCGACUCGACUCUUAAAGACGGGAGCAGGAAAGUUAAACAUUUACAGGACCGAAUCAGCCAAUCAGAGAUCACUUUGAACACAGGGGGGCGCCAAACCAAAAGUUCUUCACAGGAGCUUUAAUGAGGACGUGUUUAUUCAACUUCUCGAGUUGAAAAUGACCGAAAUGAGACUUAAUUUUUUACAUUUUUAACAGUUUUUAUCAGUGAUUACUCAGUUCUGUCUCCGCUUCACUGAUUUGAAUUCAUUAAAUUUAUUUUAAACAAAUUAAAAACAGAUUUUUUUAAGGAAUGACUCGAAGUAAACGCAGUAAAAGUCCGAGUUACUUAAAGAGGACUGCAGGUCUAAGAGGCACAUAGGAGCAUCAGAGCGUCGACUCCAGAAUAACCUCCGUCAGAUUAUUGAGUUUUGACCCUUAAUUUGUUCAUCAGUAACCUUAACUCGACAGAAACCCGUUACAGUGGACCAAACGGCUGCACACAGGGGAUUAUGGGUAAUCAGAGGGGAAACCUAACUGAUGAGAGCUUCUUUCUUUGUAUAUUUUGGUCGUUCUUCUGCUGUAUUUAUUUUUUAAUGACGACAGAGCUUCUGCUCCUCCUGAGUGAUUCUGAUGGUGCGGGACAUUGAGACGCUUAUUUUUCAUAUUUAUAGAUUAAAUUUGUAUUCAGGCAGAAGAUGAUUGGACAGAUCAGCAGGAGCGCAGAGAGACGAGGCGGAGAAGCAGACGAGCUCUCACUGACCUUAAAGCAGCUCGCUGUGUACAGUAUUUUUCUACUGUAAGAAAUGUAUUAUUAUUAUUAUUAUUAUUAUUGUUAUUAUUAAUAUUACCAUUCCUGGGGGAGCAGGAGGGACGCUUGGGGUGAUUUCUUUCUUUGGUCUUCCCUGUCAAAUAUCAGAUGAAAAUAUUUUAUUGUACUUUCAAUCUUUUGAUAUGAAUAAAAGGAUGAUUAUUAACAUGA